AUGGCGAACAAUAUAUUAGUUCAUAAAAUCCAACUUAAAAAGCCAAUUGAAUCCAGUGAGCUAUUUUAUUUUAUUCAAGGAAAUAUGAGGUUUAAUACAACUUUAAAACUGUGAAGAUAUAAUAUAGAAAGUUUCCUGCUCUCAUAUCAUUAUGAUAUUAAGUGUUCAGCCUGGAUAUUUACUCUUCCAAGAGAUGAAAAAUUAUGAUUAUUCUGUGACUUAAAUAACAGUAAUAAACUUUUUGUGAGUUUUUUAAGUAAUUACGAAUAUCAGAAAUCAAUAGGACUAAGGAGAAGCUCCUGACCAUAUUCUUAUCAAGUUGUAUAUUGUGAUGGAUAUAUUUAUACACUAGGUUGUGAUGCAUUUAGGUGCAAAAUAGUUGAUAAGUUAGGAAAUAUUAUAGAAAAUAUCAAUUGAAUUAGAAUGCCUCAUCCAAAGCGUACACAUAUGGAAUAUUUUAAUCACGAAUUUUACUCAUGCAUAGGAUAUUAUGAUAAAAUGCUAAUUACAGAAACUCGUUGAGAUUCGCUUUAUUUGUAUGAUGAAUUCAUAAAUAGCUAUUCACAACUUCCUGUGAUUCUAAGGACAGGGUGCAAAGUUUUGACCAAUCAUGAACUAAAGGUUUAUGUUAUAACAUUUUCUGGUCCGAUAUAUGUGAAUUUAAAGGGAGAUUUGGCUGUUUGAAAUAUAUUAUCAUUAAAUUUUUUCGAUACCAAUCCAUGAGCUAUGGUCACUUCUACAUACUAUAAAAACUCAUUUUAUAUUGCAAAUGAUGGGGAUUUUUAUAAAUUUGACUUUCAUAAAGAAAGCUUAGAGAAAUUAAAGCCAAAUAAUUAA